CUCAUAUAGAAGUCAGGGGAAGUUCUAACUAGUUUGUCAUUCGGGUCUUGUCCCACUGAUGGACUGCAAGCGCAAGCUUAAGUGAAUGUUAAUAGCUGGCAUACCACAUACAUCCCAUCCUAAAAUGAACAGCACAGUGUCUCCAUCCUUGUUGCCUCUGGACAACAGAAGUCUCUCUGAGUCCUGUACAGUGGAACCCCAACACGUGUCCAUCACUGUUUUCCUCCUCCUGGUUGUCCUGGUUGGUUUCUUUCUCAACAGUUUCAGUCUGUGGGUCUUCUGCUGCCGUAUACCACAGUGGAGCUCUGGUACUGUCCUGCAGUUUCAUUUGGCUGUCAGUGACACUGUUAUCACACCAGUUGGACCAUUAAUGGCAACAUACUUUGUUAUGGGUAGCCACUGGCCCUUUGGAGCUUUUCUGUGCAAGCUGAAGAUUGCCUUGCUGAGCAUUCACUUCUAUGGCAGUAUCCUGUUCCUCACACUCAUCAGCAUUCAUCGAUACGUGGUAGUUGUCCAGUUUAAAAGGGGCUCCUGUAUGAAACGAAAGGCAUUUGUUCAGAAUCUGUGUGCUGGAGUCUGGCUGGUUUUGCUGGCUAAGGGAAUUGCCUGUUUCUUCUUAUUAAACACAAGCCCAAUGGGAAACCACACACAAUGUCUCAGCAUUCAUCAGGAAAAAUACAUUGACGUCUACUUCGCCAUCAACUUCGUUAUGCUCAUCCCUGGCUUCCUGCUGCCUCUCUCAGUGGCAGUGACCUGCUAUGUUCAGCUAGCAAGAUCAAUGUCUCGUAUCAAUAUCAACAUGUCCAAGGGCCGUGAUAUAAAGGCCAAGUCACGUAAAAUGGUGGCCAUGUGUCUGGUGAUAUUUGCACUGUGCUUCACUCCUCUGAACGUGAUACGAACUGUGGCUGUCAUAUUAAAGAAGUACUUUCCAGAACAAUGCAGUCUUCUCCUGCAGGUGGAGACUGCAUACUAUAUCUCCUGGAUUUUGGCUGGAGCAAACUGCUGCCUGGACCCAUUGCUUUAUUGUUUUGGAUCACAAAACUUUGUCAAGGCUAUUCAUAGGUCUCUCAGAAAAUUUGAUGUCAAGUUUAAAGAAGACCCGGCCACAAAUGACCAGAUCAUCUAUGAUACUGCUAUUGAUUCUCCGUCCAUUGACUUAGAAGACAUCCACACCCAGCAUUCGAACACGUCUUGAAUAAG